AUGGCCGGCCCCAGAUCGAGAGGCUGCAGGCUAUGCAAGAUCCGAAAGAUAAAGUGCGACGAGAAGUGGCCCGUAUGUUCACCGUGCCAUCGGCAGAACCUGGCCUGUCCCGGGCAAGCGCCUUGGGUCUCGCUCAAGGGGAAAGCGACAGAGCCUCGCAGUUCUCAAGUGGCAGUACGCCCUCGGUCCAGUGUGCCCCGACCUCCACCCUCGACUGCUGGAGAUCGCGUCGCCGCGCAACUGGUCAGUCACCUGAAUGCGGGUGCGAACCGUGGGAGGGCGAUCCAGGCGAGGUACCUCAAGGAAAUGCCCAAACGCGUUUGCGUGCACCAGAGUCUGUGCGACUCCAUCAGUCUAUUCUAUGUCGUCUUGACCAACUUUCUCCUCCAGAAGCCAGCGGUCGAUUUCACUGGCCUUUCCGAAUAUGGAAGGGCCAUUAAAAGCCUACGUCUGGUCUUGGCGAGUAAUGAAGCACGCACGGCGGAGACACUGGCGUCUGUGACGGUUCUUCAUCUGGUAGAAGAACUGUUCAACCCUAGCCAACGUAGAAUGCUGCAUGCAAGCGGCAUGACGAGUCUUGUUACCGCGAUCGGCCCGCCGAAGCCCAGCGACAAGUUUUAUAUCUCUAUUUUGAGUGAAAUUCCACAUGCCCUCGUGAGGGGUUGGAAGGAUAGCUUGAACAAGGAUUCGUGGAGAGAUCCCAUGGGAAUCACAUGGUCCAAGACUAAGGUGGACAAGGAGCUGACUGAGUCAAUGCUCCCGGUCCUGCACGCAUCCGCAAGUGCUUCUGACAUGACACCAGUGUAUGUCAACGGCUGUCAGGCUCUUUGGAAUCCCUCCGCGGGUAAAUACCUCCAGAUGAGCAAUUCAGAGCUAGGCAAGGAUAUGCUAGAGACCGCCGAAAAUAUCGAUACAUUACUUGCGGCGAUGGUGGCCAAAUGCAUUGAACGAGGAGACAUCGUUGAGGAGGAAGAUCCUCAUUCUCUGUCAGGGACAAGCUACAGCUUUUCCAGCCCGUUUUUGGCUUACAGCUUGCUCCAUGCACACUGUGCUCACGUCUUCUUAUCCCAGAUGCGUUACCACUGGAGCCAGUUCUACAACUGGCCUGUGGCGGAUACACAUUACACCAAGCUCAAAGAUCUCUGUGUCCACAUCUGGAAGUAUCUUAGAUUUCUGCGGCGCCUUGAGCCAUCCAUGGCCGCAGUCACUCCUCGGGGGGUAUAUUUGACACUGGAGCUGGCAGACGAAACCCAGAGCGAGCAUCUCUUGGACGAAUUCACAGAGUUGGAUCGGGCAGUGGGUAAGAUUCUCACUCCGCGAGCGGUGAUGGUGGGAGAGAUCCUAUUCUUCGCGAAGCUUUGGACAGGUCGCAGGCCUAAUAGUUAA